AUGUGGCUGUUAGCUGGUAAACAGCUGAUAAAGUUCUCCCAACUGCCAAGAAUUUCUCUCUUGAGUCACGGUUAUCAGAACGUGCAGCAGGGUUUCCGGCGAAGCUUAGGGAUAUCUGUUAAAAAUGUGGACGAUAAAUCAAGGAAACGAAUCGGAUGGUGGCUUAUGGGGUGUGCUGGAAUGUGCUAUGGAGCUGUUGCGUUGGGAGGAGUCACAAGGUUAACAGAAUCGGGAUUGAGUAUGGUGAACUGGGAUCUGUUCAAAACAAUGAAACCUCCAUUUGGACAGAAACAAUGGGAAGAGGAGUUUGAAAAAUACAAGGCAUAUCCGGAAUAUAAAUUCAAAUCUUCAAACCAAGAGAUGACAUUAAACGAAUUCAAGUUCAUUUGGUCGAUGGAAUACGGACACAGAAUGUGGGGUAGAGCAAUCGGACUGGUUUUCCUGAUUCCUUGUGCCUAUUUUUGGGCACGUGGACGAUUCGGACCAGACAUGAAAAGAAGAAUGGCGGUGGCCACCACUUUGUUGUUAGCACAAGGAGGAAUCGGAUGGUGGAUGGUGAAAUCAGGUCUCGAUCCAUCUCAAAACUCUUCUGAUGUUCCAAGAGUGUCCCAGUACAGAUUGGCCACUCAUUUGACAAUGGCUUUCGUUCUCUAUUCGAUUUUCUUCUGGAAUGGUCUCACUCAUCUCUUGAAACCAUACGAUCUCUCUGCAGUUCGUUCCAAAUUAGGUGCUCUUCGUGGAAUGACUCAUGGAUCCAAGCUAAUGGUAUUCUCAACUGCCAUCAUGGGCGCAUUCGUUGCUGGACUUGACGCAGGUCUGGUUUACAAUUCAUGGCCUAAAUUUGCCGAUAAAUGGGUUCCUGAAAACAUGCUUUCUCGAUCGCCAGCGUGGAAAAACUUCUUCGAAAACGAUGUGACCGUUCAAUUUGUUCAUAGAAAUUUAGCAUACUUGACUGUAAUUAGCGUGCUCUCCACAUUCCUCAUUGGUCGACGAGCACCAAUCCCGAAGCGUACACGAAUGGCUCUUAAUCUAACAGUAGCUGCAGUUUUUGGUCAAGCCGCACUUGGAGUGUUCACUCUAAUCAAUUACGUUCCGGUCUGGCUUGCCGCGUGUCAUCAAUCUGGCUCAAUGGCUCUCCUCUCUUCUGUACUCUGGCUCAGUCACGAACUUCGCCGACUACCAAAAUAA